AUGGAAAACUUACAGAAUAACAAACUAUCCAGUGAAUGUUUAGAAGAUCAAUUGAUCUAUGAAGAUUAUCGUGAUAAAGUGAAACGCGGAAUUAUUGACAUUAACGAACAAAUACUUCUAAAAAAUGAUGACAUGUGUAUAAUGAUGUUGCAUUGGGCGGUAUUGAUGACUGACGAAGAAUUCAUCGAUUAUCUUCUAGUGAACAAAGUGGAUAUCGACGCUCAGAUAAAUUUUCUUAAAGGUACAGCUCUUAUGGUAGCAGUCCGUGACAAAAAAUUCGAUAUUGUUAAAAAGUUAAUAAAUGGUGGUGCCGACGUAAAUGCUUUGGGUAUGCCAACAAUAAAUCGUUACAACGUUCCCAGAAUGACUCCAUUAGCUAUCGCUGUUGAAAACGAGGAUUUUUGUACAGCUGAACUAUUGAUUGAUUCCGGAGCAAAAUUUUAUAUGGUACCUAAAACAGAUCUUACAUGGACGGCAUUAACUGUUGCCAUAUUCCGUCAAAAUGAACGAAUGGUUAAGUUAUUGCUAAAAAAUGAAGACGAAAUUGAGUCCAAAGAAGAAAAGGAAUUUUUGACCUCAUAUAUUUAUCAAGCAAUCAAGAAUGGGACUGAUGAAAUUGUGAAGAUUAUCUGGCCAUAUUACCCUCGUGGAUCGGCCCUUUGGAUUGAUUAUGUGAACCAAAUCCCAAGAAUACUAGUUGAAAAAAACAGUACUGAAUUACUUAAAUAUUUCUUGAACAAUUAUGAUUUUGAUAUAAAUGUUGCAACCAAAAGGUAUAGAUGGAGUAGGUCAACUAAUUUUUAUAAUCACUCUAUGCUCCAUACUGCAGUAGAAGAAAAUAGUAAUGAGACGAUGGUUAAAUAUCUUCUGGAUGCUGGUAUUGAUGUCAAUAUAGGACCCGGAACACCAGCAAUUGAAUGCUCCGAGCCAUCUUAUGGGGACCCCCCGAAUAGAGUUGUCCCGAUGAUAAAAGAACAUCUUGUUAAAAUGAUUGCUUGCAAUUACGCCGUUUCCGAAAUAAAUUUACAAAAUAUAAACUUGCGUAUGAUUCUAUAA